UUGUUUAGUUCUCUCGUCUUACAUGACGGUUUUUUUCAGUGGGACGCAAGAAGUGGUGAAAUAACGCAGGAGUAUGACCGUCAUUUGGGGGCUGUUAACACUAUAACGUUCUUUGACCAGAACCGACGAUUUUGCUCAACGUCGGACGAUAAAUCGAUGAGGAUCUGGGAAUGGGAAAUCCCGGUCGAUACGAAACUCAUUCAAGACCCUGGCCUGCACUCGAUGCCUACUGUAACUCUGUCACCCAAUCAGCGAUGGUUGGCGUGUCAGGCGAUGGACAACAGGAUUAUGAUAUUCCAGGUGAUCGACGAUAAAAUACGUUUCAGUCGCAAGAAGGGCUUCCGCGGCCAUAUUGUCGCCGGAUACGCGUGUAGUGUCGAUUUUUCUCCGGAUAUGUCUUACGUUGUUUCGGGAGACGCAGAUGGCAAGGUAUUUAUUUGGGACUGGAAGACCCACCGCAUUGCUGCAAGAUGGAAAGCUCAUGACAAUGGGUCAUCAGCGAUCUUGGCGAUUCCGCCCGUACGUGCCGCUGAGGAUACGGUUUGA